CUUCUAUUUAAGUCCUCUUUUCUCUAAUCCAGACUCCUGCCCCAAGGGCCACCGCCGUCCUGGCCCUGCCAGGGGUCCGUGCCCACGACGGAGAGGGAGGCCCCUUUUUGCGGUCACAAUAAUGGGACCUCAGCGCCGCCACCAGCUCUGACCGGCGAGCGACUGGACCCUCCAACCCGAUUUCCACGUCUGUGCAACGGGUUCAUUCUAGACCCACGGUAGAGGGUGUGAGGACCAAAUGAGAAGUAUCCAUACAGAAUACUUAGCAGAGAGCCUGGUGUCUAGGAAUCAGUAAUUGUCUGUCACCUAGGACUGUGUGGCCGCCAUGGGACGGGCUCCAUCUUUGUGAUUUUCCGUGUCUCGCACACCCCUCCCUGCCUGGGCGUCCCAUUCCUGCAUAUUAGAGACGGGGGACGUCUUGCCCCAAGCUGUCUGCUAAUUCGCAUUUAAUAUGUGCCAGUCCUUCGGGAAUACAAACAUAAAGGGCCUCGACCGUUGCAAAUAGACUAGAGAAAAGUGAAAACAAAUCUGAAUGAAGAUGAAGUUAUUUCAGACCAUUUGCAGGCAGCUCAGGAGUUCAAAGGGAUUUUCUGUGGAAUCAGCUGCCCUGGUGGCUUUCUCUACUUCCUCUUACUGUUGUGGCCGGAAGAAAAAUGUGAACCCAUAUGAAGAAGUGGACCAAGAAAAAUACUCUAAUUUAGUUCAGUCUGUCUUGUCAUCCAGAGGCGUCGCCCACACCCCAGGAUCGGUGGAGGAAGAUGCUUUACUCUGUGGACCUGUGAGCAAGCAUAAGCCGCCAAAGCAAGGUGAGGACCCACGAGUGCCACAAAACUGGUUUCCUAUCUUCAAUCCAGAGAGAAGUGAUAAACCAAAUGCAAGUGAUCCUUCAGUUCCUUUGAAAAUCCCCUUGCAAAGGAAUGUGAUACCAAGUGUGACCCGAGUGCUUCAGCAGACCAUGACAAAACGACAGGUUUUCUGGUUGGAGAGGUGGAAACAGCGGAUGAUUCUGGAACUGGGAGAAGAUGGCUUUAAAGAAUAUAAUUCAAGUUUUCAUGUUUGUGAUCAUGUGUAUGUGAAGAACCUAGCCAGGGACAUCUUUUUACAAGGGAAACGGUUCCAUGAAGCCUUGGAAAGCAUACUUUCACCCCAGGAAACCUUAAAAGAGAGAGAUGAAAAUCUCCUCAAGUCUGGUUACAUCGAAAGUGUCCAGCAUAUUCUGAAAGAUGUCAGUGGAGUGCGAGCUCUUGAAAGUGCUGUUCAACAUGAAACCUUAAACUAUAUAGGUCUGCUGGACUGUGUGGCUGAGUAUCAGGGCAAGCUGUGUGUGAUUGAUUGGAAGACAUCAGAGAAACCAAAGCCUUUUAUUCAAAGUACAUUUGACAACCCACUGCAAGUUGUGGCAUACAUGGGUGCCAUGAACCAUGACACCAAUUACAGUUUUCAGGUUCAGUGUGGCUUAAUUGUGGUGGCCUACAAAGACGGAUCACCUGCCCACCCACAUUUCAUGGAUGCAGAGCUCUGUUCCCAGUACUGGGCCAAGUGGCUUCUUCGACUAGAAGAAUAUACGGAAAAAAAAAAGAACCAGAAUAUUCAGAAACCAGAAUAGGGAACAGGACGCUAUUUGGGAACAUUCAGCACCUUCUCACAGUUUGGGAACAUAUAUUGCUGUUUAUUCCAGUGUAAAAAUGAGGUGCCACUGGAUCUGAGUGCUACAUGAACACAAGUAGAAGUAUUAAUGUGUUGAAAUGUGUUGUUACCAGAAAGACUGAAAAGCCCCAAAGUCUAGAUGUAGAGAGCUAGGCUUCGGCAUGCGAAAUCCCAGCUCUGCUACCUCUUAUUUACCUGAAAGCAGGACACACAGGAUGGGCAGUCACGCUGGUGACUCUUGGACUCCCUUGAGGGACCUUUUUUUGGGGGGGAAUCCCAGGCAGGAUGCCCAGUCUUUGAGCUGAGAUUGGAAGGCAGUGAGGCUGAGGGUGCCAAGAUUUCCCCAGGGUUCACCCAGAGGGGAAGGGGCUACACACCCCCAGCUGUGUGCAGGGAGGACACAUCAGCCCACUACCGCUGCCAACACCAAUGCCUAAAACUUGUUUCAUACAUUGGGGUUUUCUAUAUAUUUCAGUUGGGAAAAGCUUACAUUUAACCUUUUAAAAAAAUAAAUACGUGAUUAGCCUCAACUAAACAUUGCCAACUAUAAAGACAGAGUAUAUUCACUAUGUUGCUGGCAAUAUGCUGUUGCAUAACACCAAAUAACCCCCAGAAGUAGCCAGAGGUCAGUUUGAACAUCACAAUUGUAAGUGUUUUAGUAGCUAUUUCUGGCGUGAGUCAAGGGAUCAUGUAGAUAGAGUCAAUUAUUGUUUGUGGAGUUUUUCAGCUAUAGGGGAGGGGAACUAUUAAAAUCCAUUUGUUUCUAUUCAAUAGGUAAUAAAAUUAUUAUUGUCACUGGGUUUGGGAAACUUAAAUGCCCAUUACAGCCCUGGGGAAGGGUUUUCUGUCUUAUGGAGUGAGUCUUAGCAUUUAAGUUAUAGUUGCUGCCUUAAAAUAGUAGCCUGCUACAAUGACUUCUUUGGGUAGCCAUUUUCGUAAGAAAUAAAAUACAAGAUAUGAGUAAUGAA